CACUACGCCUGCACCCAUUGCCACUACACCUGCACCCAUUUCCACUACCACUACAUCCAUUGUCACUACAACGACAGCCAACCCCCCAAUUCCGACCACGGAAACACCACUAACCGCCCAAACCAUUUCGAUGACAACAACGUUGGCUCCAACUACCCCCAUCACCCCUACAACUACACCACGGGAUACCAUCAACUACACGAUGGGAAUGAUUCGAGACGGAGUGAUUCGUCCAGUGGACCAAGACUCGAACCCGACUGCAUAUGCUGAUCAAGGCUGUUACCUCCCCAAUUACGUCUCAAAGAACGGAAAAAUGUACAUCGUCACCAACACCAACCAAGAGAUUCCGAUUGCGAUCAAAGGGAUCAACUGGUUUGGUAUGGAGACGGAGAACGCCAUUCCAUUUGGCUUGUGGACCAACGACCAGAACGGCACAACGUUGUUCGAGCUCGCGUCGUUCCUAAGUCGCAACCAGUUCAACAGCGUCCGGCUACCGCUCACAGUAUCGUCCAUCUUGAAUAACACAGCUCCUAACCGAGGCAUGGUCCAUGAAUACGCCAACGCUGCGCUGGACCUGACCAACUACACGAGCGCUAUUGGCACCCUCGUCCAGGGGCUGGGCCAUCAUGGCAUCUCGGUGCUACUGGACCUGCACAACUUGAGCCCUUCGGAUCGAGGCGCUUCGUGGUUUAGCAACUCUGUCACAGAAGCCGACACGUUGCGCGCCGUGGAAACGCUCGCAGCAACGUUUUGCCACGACAAAUACUGGAACAUCCUUGGCCUGGACUUGAAAAACGAACCCACGGAAGUGACGUGGGGCGACAACGGGCCAAACGAUUUCCGACGAGGCGCGACCACCCUGGCCAAUCAAAUGUUGCGAAACUGCUCGAAUUGGCUUGCAUUUGUUGAAGGCAACUCGGCCAAAAUCCAAAGCGGAAUGUAUGGAGGUCAACAGACGUGGUUCAUGGAUUGGUGGGGCGGCGGCAUGCGUGAAAUUGGAACCAACCCAUUGACUUUGAACACCGCCCACAAGGUUGUGUACGCGCCGCACUACUACUCGCCGUCAGUGUACCCUCAAGCCUACCUCGUGCAAGGCGGAAAGCGCGAGGGAGAUAUCUUGACUGGCUACAGGGAAUGGGACGAUGCGACGCUGGAGCAAAUCGUAGCCGACUCGUCCGAAGACAUGUUUGGGUACCUCCGGUCCACGCAAGAUGGAGCGUUGGUACUGGGCGAGUUUGGCGGGCUGUUCACCCAAGACACCCACGUGAACAAAACCAACCAGCGCGUGACGCAAAACGUCAUCAAAAUGGUGGCUUCCCAGCCGGGGUAUGCUGGCGGGUACGUGUGGUCGUUGAACCCUGAGAGCGGCUACGAGUACAGCGCAUCUGGCACCAAGGGGUACUUUAUGGAAGGUCUGCUGACUCUCGACUGGGUGCAUGUCAAUACCCCCCUGCUCCAAGCAUUGGAAGGCAUGAACAGUCUCAACAACCUCACGCCUCUUCCGUGCUUGAACAUGUAGAUACCCAACAGAAUAUUAUUUUAACAAUUAACUGUACUGUAAACGACACACGUG